AUGACUCUCAACAAAUUAAUUUUUAUUGUAGCCAUAUUUUCACUAUAUUUCAUCAGUGCUGUACCAGCAGCAUCAUAUAGAAAUGCAAUCACUUUGAGUCCACCAAUCAACACCAGUCUCACUGGUGGUAAUGUCACCCUCACCGGUAAUGUCACCCUUGUUUUCGCACCGAAUGGACUCAACAACUCAACAGAUUAUUAUUAUGAGAUCACUUUGUACGUCAACGGUGCCUCCUCCACCGAUCGAUAUGCUGUCGAAUGGCACGGUAGAGCACCAGCCGGUGUAAACAAUCCGAAUCCAUCUCUCAGAGUCACCAGAUUGGUCAGUCCAACGAUUAUAAACGGAACUCUUGUCAGUACCACCCACGUCUCCAUCGGUACCGAUACUGUCGCCAAUUUCGGUGACCCACUGCAACUCGACUACUCUGAGACCAACACCACCUACGUCCUCUUGAAGGUCGGACUCAACUAUGUAUUGCGUGCACAACUCUCCUUUGAUUCGUACUUGCCAGAUAACACUACCAACAACUCAACUACCGGUUCUACAACUACCGGUACCACAACUACCGGUGCCACAACCACAACCGGAUCGACCACCUCAACCACCACUGGAUCGACAUCGAACAGCACCACCGCAAGCAGCACCACUGCAGGAUCAACUUCGAACAGCACCACCUCAUCGAGUGAACCAUCUUCAGCCAUCACUCAAAUCAAACAAUAUUCCACCUUUUUAAUGGUAAUCAUCAUUUUCACAUUGGGACUCUUACUAUAA